UAGCUCUCUUCUUGAGUCAUGGCUUCUUCAAAGCUCCGAGAACCCGUGGAUGAGGUUUUUGACCUGGACUUGGCGGUGCCAGAGACCGUCAGACUGGACAGCAGUUUACACAAAGCCCGGGCCCAACUGCUGGCCAAGGGCCGGAGACACCGGCCCUCCCGCUCAAGGCUUCGGGACAGUGCCAGCUCUGCAGAGGAUGGUGAAAGCUCCGAUGGGCCCGGAGGCAAGGUGACCGACGGCUGCGGGAGCCCCCUACACCGGCUGCGCUCUCCUUUGCACUCGGGCCCAGGGUCCCCGGCCGGGGGCUCGUUCUGCCUGGAUCCUCCGGGGUUGCGGCGCAGCCUGGACGAGGACGAGCCGCCGCCAUCGCCGCUCACCCGCUACCGGCCCCUGCAUAACGCCGCCUCUCACGAGGGCCUGGCCGCCGCCUCCUGCUCGCCGCCGCGCUCCGCGCCUUCCUCAGACAGCUCGCCCAGCUUCGUGCGCCGCCACCCGCGCGCAGAGCCGCACAGCGAAGAUGACAGCCGGGAUGCCAGCCCACCUGAGCCAGCCAGCCCCACCAUUGGCCUGGAUAAGAAGACACGCCGAAAGUUCCUGGACCUGGGGGUCACCUUACGUCGAGCAUCCACGAGCAAGAGUCGGAAGGAGAAGGGCAGCAACCGCCUGUCCAUGGGCAGCAGGGAGUCGGUGGAGGGAUCUGGCAGGUCAGGGGGCUCCCCGUUCCUGCCGUUUUCCUGGUUCACAGACAGCGGCAAGGGCUCAGCGUCCUCCGGCAGCACCACCUCCCCUGCCUGUUCCCCUAAACAUGAGAGCUUCAGCCCUAAGAAGUCAGCUUCUCAGGAAUCCACCCUGAGUGAUGACUCCACACCCCCCAGCAGCAGCCCCAAGAUCCCAAGUGGUCCCCGGCAGGAGGCCAAGUGUUCCUAUCCCUACCACACGCUGUCCCAGUCUUCAGAUGAGUUCCUGGAUGAACCUCUCCCCACUGUCCACCACUGGACCAGUCAGCAUGUGGGCCAGUGGCUGCACAGCCUCAACCUGGAGCAAUAUGCCGCCGAGUUUGCUGCACGGCAGGUCGACGGGCCGCAGCUAUUGCAGCUGGAUGGAAGCAAACUGAAGAGCCUGGGGCUCAGCAGCUCGCAUGACCGGGCCCUGGUGAAGCGGAAGGUGAAGGAGCUGGCAGCGGCUGCUGAGAAGGAACGCAAGGCUCAGGAGAAGGCUGCGCGACAGCGCGAGAAGCUCCGUCGCAGGGAGCAGGAGGCCAAGAAGAGCUAGGGGAGCGUGAGGCAGGCAUGGGGGGCACAGGCCUCUCCAGGGAGGUGGGGCCCGGGAGCCAAGCUUGGGCUGGCCUGGCCCCACGCUCUCCGGGAUACAUGCCCUCUCUCACCCUGUCAGUCUGUCUGGACCCAGAUUCCCCAGAAAGGGAGAUCCCAGGGAGAGGGCCCAGUAAUAAAUUGAUUUCAAGGACUUGUUUGGCACAGAGUUCCUGGGGGAGGUGGCAGAUUAUGGGAAGAGGGCAAAGAGACCAGGGCUGAACCAGUCUAGGAGCCCAGAGGCACCUGGGUCAGUCUGACCCUCUGCCCUCAGGCCAUGGUGGUGCUGGGGUUGGCAGUGAGCUAGGAUGCCUGCUUGCCUGCCAUCCAGAGGCCCUGAGACGGGUCAGGGUGCCAGGACUCCGAGAGGUGGCUGAGCAUCUCAGCAGUAGGUGGAUGCAGUUGUUCCUCUCCAGCUCUCCAAGGUGGCUAUGUGUGGGGAGAGCUGUUCUGUUCCCAGGGAGGCUGGUGGGCACCGCAGCAAGCUGCACUCAGGGUCGACUCCAGUCUGCCUCAACAGGAGAGCAGAGGAAGCGGCACGGUUAUCCCACAUGGUCUUUGCAAGGACUUCAGAAGGGAGGAUGAAACCCUCCUCUUCCUUCUCCCCUUCUGUCCUGUGAUUCCAAUGGUGAAAUAACAUUCCUACAGGUCUGCCCUUCCUGGGGCCUCUCUACAAGCUGUGCCCGCUUCUCCUGCUGCUCUCAGAGAGCACCUGAGCCCUCCUUGGAAACAGUGCAAACUUGGGAGCUGGUAGGGACAAAGGACACCCCCUACCAAUGCCUAGGUGGGACUGAACUGGUGAAUCCUCACCCUAGCCAAGCAGAGGCAAAUCUAGGAGGGCCCCUGGAAGCUGCUAGACAGGAAGGGUUUGCCAGCCCUUCCCCAUCUGCCCUGGUCCCCAGUGGGGCCUCAGUGGGCUCCAGAACUCGAAGACGGCAGGCUCUGGUUCACAGACUACGAGGAGAGGUGGGGCCAGACCCCGCGCCCAUGGGGUAGAGUGUAUCCCAUCACCUUACGGAUAGCAUCUGUCCUUGGAGGAGGGGAGCUUUCAGGUCUGAUGCUGGCCAGCAGCUAGCUCACCCAGCUUCUGGAGCACUGGCCGGAGUUACCAAGGGAGCCUCUGAUUAGAAGCCCCUUCUACGUCCUCCCAUCUGCCUGGAGCGGUGGACAGGGCCCAGUGCAUGCUGACUCCUCGUUCCUGCCCAGGGCCUGUGGUUUGAGGGCCACCUGUCCCUGGGACCCAGCCCUUUCCUCCCCUGCUGUCUGUGCUGGGAGAGGGGCUGCAGAGGGAAACUGAGAUAUGGGGGCACCAGCACCAUCUGGACCUGGUGGAGGGGCUGGUGGGGAGGUUGGAAGGCACCCAGGUCCUUGAAACUAUCAGGAGCUAUAUGGGUGCCCACCUGCAUGUGAAAGGGGGACGCAGUGCUCAAUUUAUUUCAAUAAACACUUAUGAUGUGCCAGUGA